GGCGGAGGGGUCGCGCAUAGGUCGCAGAGCCGCCAUCUUUGGUCCAGUGCGGCGGCGGCGGCGGCGGCGGCAGCAGCAGCUGCUGCUGUGGUGAAGGAGGAGGAGCAGCCGAGCGGUGCUGGCACCAAAGCCUGACCAUGGACGAGGAAUACGAUGUGAUCGUGCUGGGGACCGGUCUCACAGAAUGCAUCCUGUCAGGGAUCAUGUCUGUGAACGGGAAAAAGGUGCUGCACAUGGACCGGAACCCCUACUACGGGGGUGAGAGCUCGUCCAUCACGCCCCUGGAGGAGCUGUAUAAGCGCUUUCAGUUGCCAGAGGGCCCCCCUGAAUCAAUGGGCCGGGGCCGAGACUGGAACGUUGACCUGAUCCCCAAAUUCCUCAUGGCCAAUGGGCAGCUGGUAAAGAUGUUGCUGUACACAGAAGUGACCCGCUACCUGGACUUCAAGGUGGUGGAAGGUAGCUUUGUCUAUAAGGGUGGCAAGAUCUACAAGGUGCCCUCGACGGAGACCGAGGCCUUGGCUUCCAAUCUAAUGGGCAUGUUUGAGAAACGCCGCUUCCGCAAGUUCCUGGUGUUCGUGGCAAACUUUGAUGAGAACGAUCCCAAGACCUUCGAGGGUGUGGACCCCCAGACUACCAGCAUGCGCGACGUCUACCGGAAGUUUGACCUGGGCCAGGAUGUCAUCGACUUCACUGGCCAUGCCUUGGCUCUCUACCGCACUGAUGACUACCUAGAACAGCCCUGUCUCGAGACCAUCAACCGCAUCAAGUUGUACAGUGAGUCCCUGGCCCGGUAUGGCAAGAGCCCGUAUCUGUACCCACUCUAUGGCCUCGGCGAGCUGCCCCAGGGCUUUGCCAGACUGAGUGCCAUCUAUGGAGGAACAUACAUGCUGAACAAGCCUGUGGAUGACAUCAUCAUGGAGAAUGGCAAGGUGGUGGGCGUGAAGUCCGAGGGAGAGGUGGCCCGCUGCAAGCAGCUGAUCUGUGACCCCAGCUACAUCCCGGACCGUGUGCGAAAGGCUGGCCAGGUCAUCCGUAUCAUCUGUAUUCUCAGUCACCCCAUCAAGAACACCAAUGAUGCCAACUCCUGCCAAAUCAUCAUCCCUCAGAACCAGGUCAACCGGAAGUCAGACAUCUACGUGUGCAUGAUCUCCUAUGCACAUAAUGUGGCCGCGCAAGGCAAGUACGUCGCCAUCGCCAGCACCACAGUGGAGACCGAGGAUCCCGAGAAGGAGGUCGGACCGGCCCUGGAGCUGCUGGAGCCCAUUGACCAGAAAUUCGUAGCGAUCAGCGACUUGUAUGAACCCAUUGAUGACGGCUCUGAGAGCCAGGUGUUCUGCUCCUGUUCCUAUGAUGCCACCACACACUUUGAGACCACCUGCAAUGACAUCAAAGACAUCUACAAACGCAUGGCUGGCUCGGCCUUUGACUUUGAGAACAUGAAGCGCAAACAGAACGAUGUCUUUGGAGAAGCGGACCAGUGAUCGCUGGCUCCUGCCCCAGCUCCUGCUGCCCCUACUCCAGUGUCUGUUCCCCUUCAGGGCUGGGGAGAUGUGUGGCUGGGCACCCCUGCUCCCGGCAUCCUCUGCUUGCCCCACAUUCCUGUCACCCCCUCACUGAUUCACUGACCAAAUCCUUAACCUUAGCGAUGGUUUGGGAGAUGGGGGUUACAUAACGUCCUCAUUCUCAGCCCUUCCUUGUUCUAGGAAAAGAGGAUUCCUCUUCCUGUGUGUCUCCCCGACCUGUAACUCUUCUGCUGUGUUUGGGAAGGACGCGGAGGAGAGCUGACUUCUGCCCCCGCCGCUCUUACCCUGCUGUAGUGGCCUUUGGAGAUGCCCCCUGCCUCCCCCCACCAGCUCUCCUGUGUGUUGGAGAGAAGGGGCCCUCCCAGCACAAACUGCAUUCCUCCCCCAUAAUUUAUUCUAAUUUAUUAACCAACUCCCACCCCAAGUCAGAGCCCCCAACCUGGAGAGGAGGGGAAAAGGCGUUGGUGUGGCCCUGUUGGAGGUUGAGCUCACUGUUUUCAUUCCUUGUCCUUGUGUUUGUGUUCUCUGGUCCUUGCUGAGAAGAGAGGUGCGUCAAGCGAGAGGAGGUGGGCAAAUGCAAAUGCGCCCAAGCGCAGUGCGCCCCACCCCAUGCCAUCCCUGCAAAGUGAAUGUGUCCCUUUCCCCCAUCUCUAGUAUAUUUCACAGAAAACAAAACCUCCCAAUAAACCGUGUUGAAACCUGA